AUGAAUCACUUUAAUCUCAUUAGACUUCAUGGUAUAUGUGAAGAUGAAGGAUAUUUCUACUUAGUUUACAAGUUCAUGGAAAAUGGUUUUUUAAAAGACUGGCUUCACAAUGAGAAAUUUUCUUUCACCCAAAGUUGGUCUCAUAGGAUUCAAAUUGCUUUGGACAUUGCACAAGGUCUUCAGUAUUUGCAUAACUUUACAAACCCUGCUUGUGUGCACAAGGAUAUAAAUAGCAGAAACAUUUUACUCGAUAGGAAUGUAAGGGCUAAGAUUGCAAAUUUUGGUCUAGCAAGAUCAACAGAGAGAGGGGAGAAUGGGUUUGCUUCUAUGAAGUUAGUGGGUACGAGAGGUUACAUGCCACCUGAGUAUUUGGAUUUUGGUUCCGUAACAACAAAGAUGGAUGUUUAUGCUUUUGGAAUUGUGAUGUUAGAGCUGAUUACUGGGAAGGAUGUAAUUAUGAUGCAUGAUGGUCGGAGAACGGAAUAUCUGUCAACUGCAAUAAUAUCUGUGAUGGCCGGAGAAGAUAUUGAAACGAAGCUCGGGGACUUCAUUGAUUCAAAUCUCAGAGGAACUUAUGGGUUGGAGCUUGCACUGGCUAUAACCAGACUGAGUCUUUCCUGCUUGAUUCGAGAUCCAACCAGCAGACCAAGCAUGAAUGAAGUAGUCUCAGCGCUGGUAAAUAUUCAGAUGGGUUCAAUGAAAUUUCUUUUGAGUAACUAA